AUGACUACUAAUACCCUUUUACCUAGAAUGCAGCAGUCCGGCGGCAGCUUUACCACCAAAAAUCACUCCACAACCUAUGAUUACAUAUCCCCUCUCAAGCUUGACCUAACCGGCAAAAGCGUCCUCAUCACAGGGGCAGCUUGGGAAGACGGGGUUGGUUAUGCUACAGCCACAGCGUUCGCCCGCGCGGGAGCUUCCGCGAUAGCUGUAGCUGAUAUUCAUGGCGUAAGCAGUCAUCUUGUUGAAAAGCUGAAAUCGGCUGCAACACAAGCAAAUCGCCCCGAACCUGUCGUGCUGAGCUGCACUGUUGAUAUUGCAAGUCGUGACAGCGUUCAGACAUUGCAUAGUGUCAUAUCGAAGGCAUUUGGCGACCGUUUAGACGUUGUUGUCAACAAUGCGGCUCACAUGGAACCGGUUAAACCACUCCUCGAGUUGGACCCGGACGUAGCUUGGUAUACAUGGGAGGUCAACGUUCACGGCCUCAUCAACAUGGCACGCGCUUUUCUCCCUUUGCUUCUUUCGACACGAACCACCAAUGCCGAUGGUCUCUGCACGAUGAUCAACGUAGCCUCUUCAGGCGCGCUCAGUGCCCGUCCCGGGAGCGCAAGCUAUCGCAGUUCGAAGUUGGCGGUGUUGAGGUGGACUGAGUCGUUACAGUUGGAAUACGGCGCGGAGGGGCUUGUGACUUUUUGCGUAAACCCGGGCGCGAUCAAGACAAAGAUCACGGAGCGUUUACCCGAGGCAACGCGGAACAUGCUUCCUCAUAGUCCCGAUAUUGCUGGUGACACAAUUGCAUGGCUAGCUGCUGGCCGCAAGGAGUGGCUCGGUGGGAGGUAUGUAAGUUGCCCCUGGGACAUGGAAGAGCUUACGGAAAUGAAGGAUGAUAUUGUUGAGAAUGACAAACUUAAAAUCAGGAUAGUAUUUUGA